AUGGAGAGUCUCCCCAAAGGUUUGCUGACCACGGCGACCAAGGUAUCGACGGAGCUGGAUGGCAUGGGCCCGGUGGAUAUUGGAGAUGUCGUGCAUCUAUGGAGAGUCUACAGUGCCAAUCCCUCAGCACACGAUGACGACGUGGGAUACAGACUGGAAAACUUCUUCUGGAGGAUAUGGGGUAGCCAGUGCCUGAAUCAUCGUCUUCAGGGAUCGACGCUAGCAGACUUGUUUUUACGUAUCUCCGAACCCAACCCGUUCAGUCUAGUGCAGUUAAGCAAGGCGGCGAAAGCAGCUCGAUUGUCCAAGGAACACAACGAGAAGAAAGUCCCGGAAAAGCCGGGUGGCAGCAGCAAGGCGCCACUUCAUCCCAUUCUGAAGAAGCCCAGAAACGGAAGUUCCAGCGGUGAACCACAUAAAACGACUCGUCUGCUUCUGACGGACAUUGACGGUCAAAGCACGACUCGGAAACCAUCAAACCCCCCUACUCCUGUUCCCCCAGCAGCGCCCACAAUGGGCGAUAUUACACCCCGGCCAACGCAGAAAAAGGCGUUUGUUGUUGCCAGCAAAGCCAAGAAUAUCAAGCGUCGGCCUGUCAUCAUGCGGCGCAAGUCUUCACAGCAGUCGUCUGGUACCAGUUCUACCCGUGUUCAAAGCCCACAACCAAGCCCACCCCAGCUGACUUUGGAUUAUCAUGAAAAUCCACUCCGGCAGGAAAGCGGCAGUGUGCCUGAUGCUGCUGGUGUUAGCCACCCCGUGGACUCUGAAACCUCGUCUGAAGGCCAUCGUUUACCUAGUUCAGACAUUGCUGUGUCUCCGAAAGGCAACAAAUCUGGACCCGACAAAGGUCGCUUUGCAGCCGAUGUGUUUGAGGAAGCAGUCGGCGCGGGGGAAGCCCAAGAGGAACGACCGCCCGAGCUCCCAGCCUUAUUUCUGUCUGAUUUGAGGGAACUUCUCGACACGGACCGCCCAGCGGAAGUACAUGUCAAACUUCCACCACCACGUCGAAGAGCGUUCUAUGCGGUCAAGUCAUCCCCUCCUAAACCGAACUUCUUCUCAUCCAGUGCAUGUCGUCGCUACGAUGCUCGGUAUCUGUCGACAGAGAACUACGAACAACCGUCAUCCAUGAAACUCGUGGAUAAGAACUUCCGACAGCGGUUCUCGGAUCGAGUGCACCAGGAGCAUGUUCUAGUUUCUUCCCUAGGGGCGCCCGAACCUGAGAAAGAGCCAAAGGCAGUACCUCCCAAGCCGACUCGAGCCGAAUCUAGUAGCACCAUUACCAACGCCACUCUCUCACCUUCACGGUUUGGAGACUCGCACGGGAAUGCAUCUACGGCUCCGAGCUCCACCGUGCCUUUCCGGACACCAUCCCACGAUGAUAGCUCUGCGUUUUCGACUGACAGCCAGGACAGCACGGACGAGGAUGUGCCUUCUCUGCUGACGCCGUUCUCCAUGCCGCCUAGUCGAAGCCAGCUGAGCGUGAUGAUCGAGCGGAGUCGACAGCCAGGGACAGAAGAGAAUGAGCAAGUCCGGCACCAGCCUGAAGAGAUUAAGACCGGAAUCAAUGAAAUCGCAGAGAUUGAAGAGAUUGAAGAGAUCCGAGAGUGA